GAAUUCGUUUUGAUGCAGUUAGUCAAAUGAUUCGACGAAAUCAAACAAAUAUUUCAAGUGCAAUUUCAUUCUUACGUGAACUUAAUCAUACUAUUCAUAGAUAUUAUCCAGGUGUUCUAUGUAUUGCAGAAGAUUCCGAAGGUUAUCCUAAUAUUAGUAGAGCGAUGAAUUUUCAUUUAAAAUGGAAUUUUGGUUGGAGUAAUAAUGCACGAUGGAGUGAAGAUAAAAUGAUUUGUACAGUGAGUCAUGGUGAUACAGAAACAGGUCCGUUAAAUAGUAGAAAUGUUCUUUUAAAUUGUGCUUCACAUGUUCCUAAUGAACUAGAUAAAUUUGCAGAUUUAAGAAAUUUUUUUGCAUGGCAAAUAUGUUCACUAAAUCGUGGUUAUUUAAUUCAUAUGGGCGAUGAAAUUGUUCAACCAAUGUCAUGGUUUCAACGAUGUUUUCGCGGUAAAUCAAGUAUGGAUUGGUCAUUAUCAAAUUCUUCAACACUACAUGAAGGUUAUUCAUUAAUUUAUGAAUAUGCACAAAAUUUAAUUAUUGCAUAUCACCGAGGUAUUUCUAAUAAUCAUCGAAUUGUUGUUAUUCAUAAUUUUUCAAAUCAUGCUUAUACAUCUUAUGAUCUUCCAUUACCAAAAUCAGAUCCUAAUAUAGAACGUAUUCAAAAUGUACAAGAAAUAUUCAAUACAAAUCAAUUAAAAUAUGGUGGAUCCGGAACUUUUCAUAAUGAAAAAAUUGAAAUUAAUCGUAAUAAUAUGAUACUUAUUGUUGCUCUACCUCCUCUUUCAACAAUUAUAUUAGAUGAAACUUUGAUUUGA